AUGGUCGGCAGGAAGGUCAAGCGCUACUGGCCCGACGACGCGGCCAAGAACAAGGGGGACCCCUGGUUCAUGGCGGUCGUCACUGACUACGACCCCGUGCUCAAGAUCCACGUUCUGACCUACAGCCUGGGCACCCAGAAGGAGGAGCGCGAGGACGUCAACCUGUCGACACUGCACCAGGGCUCCAUCAGCUUCACUGGCGAUUGGAUCGACCUGGAGCGUUGGUACGCAGACCCCAAGAGGCGCGAGAAGAGCUACGCCGUCAAGGCGCGCUGGGGGCGCCGAGUCCGGGGGCCGCUGGGCGGCCAGGGGUGGCAGGCGGGCAGCGGAGCGACGCGGGGUCGAGGGGUGGCGGUUGUUGGUUUGCAGCAGGGAAGCGGCCUGAUGACCCCGCCCCAGAUCUCCAAAUACCUCAAGGCCCGCAACGUCGGCAUCGCCCUCUGA